UUGGUCAAGUGCUGUUACAAAAAGUAUUCCAAAGGCUUGAUUAGCUUAUCUGCCCUUUGCUCUCUUUUACCACAAAAGCAGAAUACUAUCUAAUCGAUUGUUUUUAACAAUUUUCAAUCUAUUAAAUUUGCUCUUUUAAGAGCUAAGCAUAAAUUGUUUGCGGUUAGUUUGCGCCAAACUAGGAAUGGAGUCGGAUUACACUGAUACGUCGCCUGUUGUGCGCACCACUCAUGGCCAAGUGCGUGGGGCGUUGCUAACAACGCUCUACGAUGAGCCCUACUACAGCUUCGAUGGCAUACCCUACGCGCAACCACCAUUGGGAGAGCUGCGCUUCAGAGAGCCACAGGAUGUGAAGCCCUGGCAAGGCAUUCGUGACUGCACCGAGCCGAAAGAUAAGUGCUUCCAACUAGGAAGCAUAACACAGGAGAUUGAGGGCUGCGAGGAUUGCCUUUACCUAAAUAUAUCCGCAAAAACUUUAAGUAGUGAGAAGCCUUUACCUGUGAUGGUGUAUGUUCAUGGAGGCGUCUUUAGGACUGGAGAUCCAACCAGACGCAGCCUUGGACCAGAUUAUCUGAUGCGUGAGCAGGUUAUCUACAUAAGCAUUGGGUAUCGCCUGGGUGUAUUUGGCUUUUUGAGCUUCGCUGAUCCGGCGCUGAACAUUCCCGGUAAUGCCGGACUAAAAGACGUUGUCCUAGCGCUCAAAUGGAUCAAGGCAAAUGUGGGAAGCUUCAAUGGCGAUGCGAACAACAUAACGCUCUUCGGCCACAGCUCGGGUAGUCGAAUGGUGCAUCUGAUGACAAUGAGCCCCCAGGCAGAAGGCCUUUUUAACAAGGCCAUACUGAUGGCUGGACAGCAGCACGAAAUAUAUAAUGAACCCGACGUGGAGUAUCGGCUGGCAAAGCACUUGGGCUAUAAGGGCGAGAAGAACGACAUUGAUGUGUUCAACUUCAUUAACGCCGCAGAUCCUGGACUUCUGGCUCGGUCAGAUUAUCGGUCGCUCUACGAGCGUCUGCAUAGCUCGAGUCUUCCGCUAUUUAUGCCACGUGUGGAGUAUUAUGCGACACCCACUGCCGUGCUCCUAGCCGAGCCGCGUGCUCUGCAGAGCAGUGCUUGGGGCAAUCGUCUGCCCCUCAUGCUGGGUAGCACGAGUAACGAGGGUCUGACCUUCGCGUUAUUUUAUGUUAAAAAGGAUCCAGAAGUGCUGAGUCUAUGUAGGGAUCAUCCAGAGUUCAUGCUGCCUGAUACCAUACGCCAUGGCUGCACACCCGACAUGGCUCGCCACCUUGGCCAAAUGCUGGUCAAGAAGUUCUGUGGUGUGCAUAACACUUAUUUGACUAAGUGGCAUUACCAAUCGAUCGCUGAUCUGUUCACGCAAAACAUGUUGCACUAUGAACACAGGCUGCUUAAGACGAGACUCAAAUAUAGUCAAGCUGACAAUUACCUCUAUCGCUUCAAUUUCGAUUCACCAGACUUUAAUUUUUAUCGGGUGCGCUAUCUCGGAAAGGACAGUCGAGGAGUUCUUCACGCAGAUGAAUUGGGAUAUAUUUUUAAGCUGCCUGCUACGUUCAAGCUAGAGAAAUCUCGACCGGAGUACACAGCCAUCUGCCGCUUUGUGUCCAUGCUUACGGAGUUUGCCCGCAGUUCCAAUCCAAAUGGACCUCUCACCAAGUCACUGGUCGACUGGCAGCCCGUGACAAAAGAAGAGCCCACAAUGUGUCUCAACAUCAAUGAGGAACUGAAGUUCAUUGAACAUCCGGAGUAUUGGAGAUUGAAAUUCUACGAGCAGUUGUACUUAAGUGCUGGAGUGGAGCAUAUUGAAUGAAAUCGGAAGAUUUAAUAAGCAAAGAUAAAAUAACUAUCUCCGGAUUUGUAUGGGAUUACUGGAACAUUACGCAAAACUUUAUUUUAGUCACUAAAUCAAAACCUUUUUAAGGUUAUUCUUAAAAAAUGUUCUAACCU